AUGACCCUGUUCAAUCCUGCACUCAUCAGUCCUCCUUCUGAUGAAACAAACUUGUAUGCCCCUCAGUUUGUUCAACACAGCACACUGUUGGAGCAGGCUAAGGAAGUGUCCCUCUCCCUCCAAAACAGUCAGGUCAUUGAUUUGGAUAAAGAUUGGAAGCUGGUCCUUCUCUUUGCUCAAGUGGAUCAGCUCUGUGCCUGUGAGCAGCAGCAGUUUCAGUCUGUUAUCAAGGCCGUGGUUGAAGAGGUGGAUGAUGCUCUGCAGCUGCUGCACUCUCAGCUGAGGCGAGCCAUCGUCAGUGUUGGAUUGUGGGUUGGAGAGCCUGACAGUUUCCACAAAAAGAUGUGUCGAUGCUUGGAGACAAACAAUGAAGGAGAAUCCAGACUUCAGAGGGCCAUGCUGAGUCAUGCUCUGCAGGAGUCUUUGGACGAGCUCAUGAUAAAGAGGCGAUGGUACGGGGACAGAGAGGACUUCACUGUCAUUGUGCAGGACACACCUUUCAUCACAGGCCCUUCUUCUGUCUCUAGUGAGCAACAAGCACCACAACAAGCUGAUACACUGAUGGUGCAGAUGUGGACAAACCUGCUGCAGCCCAUAAGUGGCCAACAUAAGACAGAACACAAUGGAAAUAUCAUUGCAUUGCCAUGUCCGACUGAGAACAAACCAUUCCUGAGGACGGAGGGAAACUCCCCUUCAUAUUCCCAGAGUGAUGUCUCUCCUCUCCUUCACCCAUUUAGAGGCACAGUGAUGCUGUGUGAAGACCUCAGCCCCUCACUCUCUACACCCACCUCAGUCCAUGAACUCAGGCCUGGAGAUAUCAAAGUGGUGGCUGCCUUGGGAGACUCUCUGACAGCAGGGAACGGUAUUGCAUCCAACCCCAAUAACAUCUUGGAUGUCCUGAGUCAGUACAGAGGUUUAUCCUGGAGUAUUGGUGGAGAUGAAAACCUCACAACUGUCACCACGCUGCCCAACAUCUUAAAACAUUUUAACCACAACCUGACGGGCUAUUCUGUUGGCAAGGGCAAGCAGCAGACUCAUCAGGCUUUCCUCAACCAGGCUGUAGCAGGAGCUAAGAGCAAGAACGUACCAGAUCAGGUGCGAGCCCUGGUGGCAAGGAUGAAGAAUGACUCUAGAAUCAAUUUUAAAUCAGAUUGGAAGGUGAUCAGCCUUUUUAUUGGUGCAAAUGACAUCUGUGACCACUGCUACAACUCUCUACUUUACUCUAAAGAGAAUUUUAUUCGUAAUGUUCGAGACAGCCUGGAUUAUCUACACAAAGAGGUGCCUCGAGCUCUGGUGAAUUUAAUAGAGCCUCUCCAUAUAACCCCUCUGAGAGAAAUGCAUGUUGACACUUCAAUUAAAUGUCCAACUUGGCUGGUAAAGAUUCUGUGUCCUUGUGUCAUCUUGCCAAAUCCCGACUCUAAAGCUCUGCAAAUGGUGGAGGACAUCAAUAGAGGCUAUCAGCGUAUGCUGAAUGAGCUUGUGGAGUCAAGCCGGUACGACACUCGCUCAGACUUCACUGUUGUCAUCCAGCCUUUUUUCAGAGAAAUCAUCGUCCCCAGACUGCCGGAUGGCCGUGCUGAUCGCUCCUUCUUCAGCGCUGACUGCUUCCAUCUCAGCCAGAAAGCCCAGACGCAAAUGGCUCGCUCCCUCUGGAACAACAUGCUGGAACCUCUGGGCAAUAAGACCAUCCUACAGGAUUUCUCUGUAGACAUUGACCUAAAAUGUCCAACCAAGUCUUCACCAUACAUCCGAACCUAUAACAACAGCAAUUACAUGUAUGCUGGUCCUUCUCCAACACCAGGACCUAUAACAAACUGGGGAAGUGAUUUAUCCUGUGUGGACGUUGCUCCAUCUGACACUGUGCCAUCUUCAGUUCACAAACUGAGACCAGCAGACAUCAAGGUGGUGGCAGCCCUUGGAGACUCUUUAACGGCGGGCACUGGCGCUAAGGCAAAGAACCUGUUCGACCUCAAUAGAGACUAUAAAGGAGUAUCAUGGAGCAUUGGAGGGGAUAAUACUCUGGAGAUGGUCACAACACUACCAAACAUCUUGAGGAAGUUCAACCCUUCUUUAAAAGGUUUCUCCAAAGGCCAGGGCUCUAGACAGAAGGCCUUCAACGUAGCUGUACCUGGAGCUAAGACCUCAGAGAUCCUAGUACAAGUCCAAGCUCUCAUCAAGGCCAUGAGAGAAAAUAAGGAGGUGAAUUUUGAAAAGGACUGGAAACUUGUGACAAUAUUUGUUGGAGGAAAUGAUCUUUGCAAUUACUGCUUAGACCAAAAUAAUCUGUCGCCGAAGAACUACAGCCAAAAUAUUAUGCUCAGUUUGGACAUGUUUUACAAAGAGGUACCGAGGGUGUUGAUUAAUCUUGUGGAGAUCUUGCAGAUAGAGCCAUUGAAAUCAGUUAAGAGGAACACGCUGGGCUGUUCCCUCAUGCAGAGGACCAGCUGUCCCUGUGUUAUCAACCCAGCCGAAAACUCCCCAGAGCUUCAAGAGAUAAGAAGAAUCAAUCUCGAGUAUCAGGCUGAGAUCCAGCAUCUUAUUUCUGGAAAUCGCUAUGAUGGAAAAGAAGAUUUUGCUGUUGUCCUUCAACCCUUUUUACAAAAUUCCUUCAUUCCACAUAUUAAAGAGGGUGAGGUUGACACAAGUUUCUUCUCUGUGGACUGUUUCCACAUAAGUGAGCGAUCUCAUUCUGAGAUGGCUGUUGCCUUGUGGAAUAACAUGUUGGAGCCCAUAGGCAAAAAGCAGACCUACAACAACUUCACACAUGACCGCUCUAAGAUUCAUUGUCCCUCUGAGGCCAAUCCCUUCAUCUUCACUAAAAUCAACAGCCUACCAAGUCCACCAGUAACCGCCACCACCACAACAGCUUCCACAGGCACCACGGCUACCACCAGCUCCAAUUCAGCAACAACCAUCACUGGAGUCAAGUGUCCUUCCUCUUUGCCCGUGUGGGUGCCAGUGAUUGUGGGAUUUGGCAGUUUACUGGCUGGCAUGGUUUUUACUUGGCUUAUUCUUGCCAGCUGUCAGCGUCGCAAAAGUAAAGUCGAGAAAGCAGUAGAAAUGAAAGGAACUGUUUUUUGA